CUCUAGCGGGCGACUAAACUCCACCGGAGUAAACAGAUUGAGGCCUUAACAACCAAAACCUCCACUACCGGAGUAAAUCCGGUACAGAAUAGUGAGUUGGCUUCCUUCCUUGCUUUCGUUCUCUCCCUGUUUGGCGCUGGUUUUUCUUUGGACUUCCUUUGCGCCCCGUUCACUUCCCAUUUUGUUUUCUAUUUUCUAUUGUAAAAAUGAAAAUCAAGAAACAAAUGAUAAGAAACGUGUUCACUUGUAGUUUCGUUUUCGUUGGAAAAAUUCAUUUUGCAUAAAUGAGGAAGCUAGAAGGAAACCAUUAAAAGUUGUUUCCUGGAAAUAAUGGGACGGGUUAUUCCCUGUUUCCUAGCGGAAAAUGGAUACUGCUGAUUAAUGAGGUCGUUUGUUCGAUCCCUGCCAGCGACUACUUUUUUUACUUAUCUCCUCUUUUCCUAAAUGCCGCCGUUUUGCCCACUAAAAGUAAAACCCUACGAGCAGCUAAAAUCGAUCCAUCUCCCGCGCCUGAGUGAGAAGAGAAGCAGCAGCGACGACCGCGUCUGCAACGGGAAGCAGCGAAGGCGAAUCCUUCCUCCAGUCGGCGAAAUCAAGCUGCAGCGACGCGAUUCUCCACCGUCGAAGAGAACCUACAGCCGUUCGCCAUCUCCCUCCUCCACCCGACGAUUCGUUCGAGCCUCUCCAUCGGACGAAUCCUCUCCUCCAGCAGUGUCGAAACAGGCGGCCUUCCCGCUCCCCAGCAGCAUCGACGAUCUCCUCUGCUUGAGGUUAGUCCUCUUCCAACUUUGCCUUGUGUAGGAACAGAACAUAUUGCCUCCAUGAAAGAUUUCCUUCUCCACAAAGAUUUACUUGCUCCCCUGUUUGGUUCUCUUGAAAGUCUACCCAUUUCCAUGUUUGAUUCAUGUGUCUAUGAUAUGAUAACUGAUUCUGAUGUCAUCUGCCAAGCUUUGGGCCAUCGUUGAAGUUUUUGGUGGUUUAAUUAGCUAGCUCGGAUGUCAAUUAUCUCCUCAUGUGUUCGUCAAAUUUGCUGAUUGUGGUGGUUUAAUUAGCUAGCGGUGAAGUGUGUGAAAGACGUGUUAGAACUGGCAAUUUGUUUGCCCUUUUGUGAAUUGUAUGCCCUUUUGUUUGUUUGUAAUCUGUUUGGCAAUUGAUGAAGUGUGUGAUCUGAGGUUGUUUCUUGUUAAUUAGUUGAGUUGUUACAAAUCCACUUAGAGCAAUAACUGUCGAUUUGAGGACUAAGAUCCGACUACUGAUGAGCAAAUGAAAGUAAGUGGUGAUUUUGGCACUUAGAGCAGUUUCUGUGACUAAUGGGAAGGGUGGGUUUAGAUCAGCCUGGGUGAUUGGUGUAUCUGGAGUCCUUUUUUGGGCGGUGGGUUUGGUUGGGAUAUGUAGAUGCCUUUGUUGUUUGAAUUGUAGUUUGAUAAGCAAUGGAUAGUAAUGAGGUGGAAAACGGUUUGGUUGGGAUAUGCAGAUGCCUUUGUUGUUUGAAUUGUAGUUUGAUAAGCAAUGGAUGGUAAUGAGGUGGAAAACAAAUACUUCAAUUACGAUACUUUAUUUGAAGAGUAUCGAGAUUAUUGCAUGAAAGAGAAUGUCAAUGAAGUGCAAUGAGGGCAAUAAAGGAACUUAUUCGACAUAUGAUGUUAUACUUGUAUUGUGUUUAUUAGUACUUUGAAAACAAUGUCAUUCAUAUUAAAAAUUAUAAUUAUGAUUAGAAUUGUAUGAUACUCAAUGAAAAAAUUGUGAUAAUCAAUUACCAGAAAACAGUAGGAAAUAACUAAACACGUUUUCCGGCCGCCAUCGCACGCCGCCACGACUCUCUAAGAACUCGCCCUUCCAUCCCCACCAAUGCUUCUUCUUCCUCAAACCCUUGUCGCCUUUCAGUUUCGCGUCCUAACUCCAUCUCAAGCUCUCUACUAAGUAACUAUCUGGCUGACGCGGGAAGAACACGAGCGGAACGAAACCAAAAGAAGGCGAAAUGAUGCAGAUAUGUAUGUCGCAACCGUCCCUCCGGGGGGUCCGAAUGUCGUCGCGUCGGCAUUUUUGGGAGUCGCCAUCGAUCUUACUUGGAGUGGAUCGAACACUCUUCGAAUCGGCUCCGACCUUAGGGUCAGAACCGAGAUAUGGUCUGCGGUUAAGAAAUUUGGGUUCGGGAGUACGGUUACCUGUGGGGAAGUGAAAUCACACCCCACAACGCCCUAAAUCGGUACUACUUAAGUCGAUAAGUUUUAUACGAGUUGGGUGUAUUUUUUAAUAUUUUUGUAAUUUGAGGGUCCCACUGGACCAUUAAAGAAAUUGAAUCGUAUUAAUUAUAAUUUAAUUGUACGCCCAUUGACGUAAAAGAUAAAGUUAGUUGGUUAGUUGGACUCGAACCUUAUCGGUUGCCUACGUACCCGUUAGACGGGAUCAAAGUCCACGUAGUUCGUUCGGACUUUGAAAAUUUUAAAUAAAAUUAUUACCACAUUCCACUGAUCCUGGUUCUCGUAUCAAAAUUUAUUGUUAGUAAAAUUUAGGUUGGUAUUAUGAAAUUAUAAAAAGAUAAUUUAAUAAUUUCAAUCAUUAAGAGGAGUUUUGAUGUAUUAGAAAAGAAACGAGAUAUUGGUAUUAUGAAAUUAUAAAAAGAUAAUUUAAUAAUUUCAAUUAUUAAGAGGAGUUUUGAUGUAUUAGAAAAGAAACGAGAUAUACUUAAUCCGCAAUUCUACAUUUCGUAAUUUAAAAUAAAUAAAACUAUACGGG